CACCCUUUAGCAACUUUGAGUUCUAAACUCCUCUCUUUAAUCUUAUCAUAUAUAUAUAUAUCAUCCUAUAUUCUUUGCAAAUAGCCUGCUUUAUUGCUUCUUCAACAUGGGAUAUCCCCAUAUUACUGACCUCAACUUGUCUCAUCAUUCAUUCAACAAUGCAAAGCCUUCACCCUUGAUUCCAAAGCCUAACCCUGCCUGCCCCAGAAACACUACUAUUAUCUCUUCUGCACCCUCUCCUUGCCAUGCAGCUAAUAUUGCAAAUGAGCGAAGAAAGGCAGAACUGAAUGAGCAUCCCUUUGGGAGUUCGCGUUGGAAUCCAACGCCAGAGCAGUUACUGGCCCUGGAGGAACUCUAUCGACGUGGGACACGAACGCCUUCAGCUGCACAAAUCCAACAAAUCGCUACGCGGCUUCGGAGGUUUGGUAAGAUUGAAGGGAAGAAUGUCUUUUACUGGUUCCAAAACCAUAAGGCAAGAGAACGUCAAAAACGCCGCCGCGAACUGGAGACUGAACAAGAACUAAAACAAUGUGACACUGAGAGGUUUGAAAAGAAGGAACCAGGGUCUGCAACCACGGGCUGUGAAAUUGAACAGACAAAGAACAAGGGUCCUCCUUCAAACUUCAGUAAACGUUCAGAGGAAAUCAUUUUAACGCAUGGAGUAGCAGCAGCAGAGAGUGGACCAAACAAGUGGAUGCAAAUUCAGGAGAAGGAAUUACAACAGAUAAAGAGUACAGCUGGGAGAGUUUCAACGUGGCAAGCAAUGGAAUUGUCCUGUUCACCAAUUUACCUCAUAAACAGCAUGACCGCAACUUCAUUGGCCACUGCGAGAGCUUCCAACACUCAAAAUUUAUGCUCACUCAAACCCCACCAAGAAGAUAUUGCCACUCUUGAAGAUGAAAACAGAGAAGAUCAGACCCUUGAGCUGUUUCCCCUUGGAAGUAACAAUGGCAACGGCAUUAAUAUCAGCAAGAAAGACACCACCCAAGUGCCCAUCACAGCCUUAAAUACAACCUUCACCCCAAACCAGUAUUUUGAGUUUCUUCCUCUGAAGAACUGAAGAAGAAGGUAGCUUUAGCAUGUGGCUACAAAUUAAUGCUGCAAUUAGAUACUAGUUUGCUAUUUAAGUAAAGAUGGUUAAGCUGUAUUAGUUUGUUUUUUUGUAGGAAACUAGGACUGUUUCAUCUGUGUCUGUCAUGCAUGGAGCAACUGUAAGAUAAGGACAUGUAGUUAUUUUGGGGU